ACUGGUGGAAGGUUCUGGAAAGAUCUCUCCGGCUGCUGGGUCUGCCGGCCCGGUGAAGGACACCUGCUGCGAGGCCGAGUGGGCAGUCCAGGUGGGGGCCGUGGACAUGGAGAGAGACAGGGAAAUGGCUUCCGACAUCCCUGGAUCGGUGACCUUGCCCGUGGCCCCCAUGGCGGCCACCGGACAGGUGAGGAUGACCGGGGCCAUGCCAGCCCGUGGAGGAAAGCGGCGUUCUGGGAUGGACUUUGACGACGAGGAUGGAGAAGGGCCCAGCAAGUUUUCAAGAGAGAACCACAGCGAGAUCGAGAGGCGGCGGCGGAACAAGAUGACGCAGUACAUCACGGAGCUGUCGGACAUGGUGCCCACGUGCAGCGCGCUGGCCCGCAAGCCGGACAAGCUCACCAUCCUCCGCAUGGCCGUGUCACACAUGAAGUCCAUGAGGGGCACCGGCAACAAGUCCACGGACGGCGCCUACAAGCCUUCCUUCCUGACGGAGCAGGAACUGAAGCACCUCAUCCUCGAAGCAGCCGAUGGAUUUCUGUUUGUAGUCGCGGCAGAGACAGGACGAGUGAUUUACGUGUCUGACUCCGUCACCCCUGUUCUGAACCAGCCCCAGUCAGAGUGGUUUGGGAGCACCUUGUAUGAACAGGUGCAUCCCGACGACGUGGAGAAGCUGAGGGAACAGCUGUGCACCUCAGAAAACUCGAUGACAGGCCGGAUCCUGGACCUGAAGACGGGGACGGUCAAGAAAGAGGGGCAGCAGUCUUCCAUGAGGAUGUGCAUGGGCUCACGGAGGUCCUUCAUCUGCAGGAUGAGGUGUGGAAACGCUCCUUUGGAUCACCUCCCUCUAAACAGAAUAACCACCAUGAGGAAAAGGUUCAGGAACGGUCUUGGUCCCGUGAAAGAAGGGGAGGCCCAGUAUGCUGUGGUCCACUGCACGGGGUACAUCAAGGCGUGGCCCCCGGCAGGAAUGACCAUCCCCGAGGAGGACGCUGAGGUGGGACAGGGCAGCAAGUACUGCCUCGUGGCAAUCGGAAGACUGCAGGUGACCAGCUCUCCCGUGUGUAUGGACAUGACCGGGAUGUCGGUGCCCACGGAGUUCUUAUCCCGGCAUAACUCUGAUGGGAUCAUCACGUUCGUGGACCCGAGAUGCAUCAGCGUGAUCGGCUACCAGCCCCAGGAUCUUCUAGGAAAGGACAUUUUGGAAUUCUGCCACUCCGAGGAUCAGAGCCACCUGCGUGAGAGCUUUCAGCAGGUGGUAAAGCUGAAGGGCCAGGUGCUGUCAGUCAUGUAUCGGUUGCGCACCAAGAACCGCGAGUGGAUGCUGAUCCGCACCAGCAGCUUCACGUUCCAGAACCCCUACUCGGACGAGAUUGAGUACGUCAUCUGCACCAACACCAACGUCAAGCAGCUCCAGCAGCAGCAGGCCGAGCUGGAAGUGCACCAACGGGAUGGGCUGUCCUCCUACGACUUAUCACAGGUUCCCGUCCCCAACCUGCCGGCCGGCGUUCAUGAAGCCGGGAAGUCCGUGGAAAAGGCAGACACCAUCUUCUCCCAGGAAAGGGACCCCCGGUUCACCGAGAUGUUUGCGGGGAUCAGUGCAUCGGAGAAGAAGAUGAUGAGCUCAGCGUCUGCGGCAGGAACGCAGCAGAUCUACUCCCAGGGAAGCCCGUUCCCCCCCGGACACUCGGGGAAGGCCUUCAGCUCUUCAGUGGUCCACGUGCCCAGCGUGAAUGACAUCCAGUCGUCCUCGUCAACAGGCCAGAACAUGUCCCAAAUCUCCCGGCAGCUGAACCAGAGUCAGGUGGCCUGGACAGGGAGCCGGCCGCCCUUUCCCGGACAGCCAAUCCCCUCCCAGUCCAGCAAGACUCAGUCAUCUCCCUUUGGGAUUGGAACGAGCCACACCUACCCAGCAGACCCCUCUUCCUACAGCCCCCUCUCCAGCCCAGCUACCUCGUCGCCCAGCGGGAAUGCCUACUCCAGUCUCGCCAACAGGACUCCAGGGUUCGCUGAAAGUGGCCAGAGUAGCGGGCAGUUCCCAGGGCGGCCGUCGGAAGUCUGGUCACAGUGGCAAAGCCAGCACCACGGCCCGCAGAGCGGUGAGCAGCACUCCCACCAGCAGUCCGGUCAGGCCGAAGUGUUCCAGGACAUGCUGCCCAUGCCCGGAGAUCCGACCCAGGGGACCGGCAACUAUAACAUUGAAGACUUCGCGGACCUGGGCAUGUUCCCGCCGUUUUCUGAGUAGCGGCAGGCAGGUUGCGGCCGGCGCUGGGCAGUGCCCCCCACGCGGGCGGGACCCCCCCACGCCCUGCUUGCCCCGCCUGCCCUGCCACCGGACCCCCCAGCGGAAGGCCUCUCACCCGCACGCUUCCCCCAGCACAGCAUCGCUCAGCCUGCAGCCGGGGCUGCCCGGCCACCCACCAGGAGCCCUGGCGGAUACUGGGGAGCUGCUGUAUUUAUUGUACUCUUACCUGUGUAUGCUUGGGAGGUGAGCCCGUCGGGUCCUGGAGGUCUGGUUGUGAAUAAUCUCAUAGCAGACAGUGUCCACCUAUAAAACGUCCGGUCCCAGUCCCAAGUGCCCAGGCCUGCCCAGGACACAGGAAUGGGUUUCUUCUUGCCUUUGACAUCUGUGGAUGGGUGGGGCUCGGCUGCUGGAAGGGAGGCGAGCAGGAUGCACGGCCUUUGUUCUCCGAGCUGGGACCCAGAGGUGGACCCCGCUCCCCCGUUCCCAGCUCAGCCAAGUCUGUGCGUGCGUCCGUCCGUCCGUCAUGCUGUGGGAUGUGUGUACUCUGUGCGGUGUGAUGUGAAUCCCUGUCCUGAUGGGUGUGCUGUGUCGUGUGGCCAGAGUGAGCGUCCAGAAUCCAGGGGCCCCCGCGUGCAGCCCCCACCCCCAGCGCAUCACCCCCUGGCUGGAGGGAGCUUGGCCCAGGGCCUGGGCGCUGGGCUGGGCGGAGCAGGCUGACGUUUCAUAGUGUCGCCAGGAGUCGUGGCUGGGAACCUGCUUGCCUUCAUGGGUCAGCUCCCGGGUCCAGGCGCCCCUCUGAGAGGAAGCGGCCCCCUCCUCUUCCAGGAGGCCCCCGAGGGAGCACUGGCCCUUCCUGGUUACGCGCAGGUGUCUCCCCCCUGGUUCCCAGCCAGCGCCUGCCAAGGGCACACCUUGAGGUCACAGAGCCCGAGGCCCUUCUGCAGAGGACUGGACGGGAAGGCAGGACGUCCGGGCCUCGGCGGCCACAUUACGCUCAGCAGCUCUGGAGCCGGUUCAGGUGUGGUCCCGUGCGCGUGGAGACGGGAGUUCAGAAACAUCUCCCAGCAGGCCGCCUGGCCUUCCUUCUGCAGCCACCGGGGGCAGAGUGCAGGUCUGUGAGGCAGAAGGCUGGGCUUCCCGUUCUGAUUCUGGUAUGCACUCACCGGGGCCUUGAAUUCCUCGGAUGGCCUCGAGACGGGAGGAAGAGCUGCCUUCUAGAGGCUUCUGCCUGGCUGAGCCCAUGGUCCCUGGCUUGCUCUGUUUCCCUCUAUUCAGUGACCUCGCGGCCCCGUGCCCCGUGCCCCGAGGCAGGCUCUCCGCCUCGCGUCUCUGUCUUUUCCUGACAGCCAGGCUUCCCUUUGGCCUCACCGUCCAUGGGCUCGCUGCCUCCCAAGUGGGAGGAACGCUACACUGGCGGCCCCCUCCGGCCCGGCAGGUGGAGGAGCCCGCGCCCAGGACAGCCCUGCAUCCCUCCCGGGGUCCCUCAGGCAGACGUCCUCAGGCACCCGGCUCAGAGACACCCGUGUCCCCCCCACCCCCAAGAUUUCGGAGGGCCAGCCGAGUGCGGAGGGUUCUGAGCUGCCUGAGGGCAGAGUGAGCCCAGCGGGCAGGAAGGAGCCGGGGGUGGGGUGGGGGGUCGCAUGGACCUCUGCACGCUCUGCGUUAAACGCCAGCCCCCGUGUGGGGUCCAGAGGGGACCCCUGCGCCCUGUCUUGCUUGGAGAGCUCCACCUACAAAAGUCCAAAGUUGUUUGGUAGCAUCCCUGUGGCUGGUAGUCCGCUUUGUGUGCUCCCAGUUCCUAGACUCUCAAUUCACACAGACUGAACAGUUCCUAGAGCGGCUUUUAAUCCUUCGCGUAUAGCAGUGAUUGAGUCCCGGGUUCAGGUCGUUUUACCCUCAGGAGCCUCUUCGCUUCAGGGGACAUGGUGGGCCCGACAGUGCCAGAGCCAGAGGGGGCUCCCCCGUGCGGGCCCUGCCCUUGGGGUCACCUCCGCCUCCGCAGCCUGAGCCUACCCCAAGCAGGGGACACGAUCAUUUCCAAGAAAGGCACAGAAAUCACUUUCAGAUCAAAGAAUGGUUUCUCUGUGAAACAGAAACAGACUUUUUGUGGCCUUUCACCUGUGAGUUUGGAAGUUUGGGGGGUUUCAUGUUUGUUUUUUCCUUGUUUCCUGGAGAGAACUGGGGAUUUCCUUAGAUGUGUCCAUCAGGUUGACGCUGUGACCCGGGGCUGCGCUGGACACCGAGGGGAUGCGGACCAGGGGAACAAGCCUUGCAGCCACUUCUGUCUGUCGGGGUGCAGACAACUCAAGGCUCGGUCCUGGAAGGCAGGGACCGUCGGUGACUGAGGCCGGGCGUGACGGGGAGUACCGUGACUCGGGCGGCCCGGCCCCCUUCCUUCCGGCUCUGUCCCAGGAGCCUCGACAGGGAAGCCCACGGCAGUCCGAUCGGCCUGCAGGAGCGCUCUGUCCUCUCGACUCCCCAUCCUACUCCUUGGUUGUGAUUCUUGGAGGCCAUCCCGUGACCAGUAAGAAAACAGACAGGACUGGAAGGAUCUCUGACCCAAGAGAUGCACCCCCCACCCCGAGGACUCUUGCGCCAGACCGGGAUAAGACUUAAAACCACAGAGGGUCUCAUCCCAGUUUGGAGGAGCGCGUCCUGCGCCAGCCUGUGCAGCCAAGAGGGGGCUGUGUGUGGACCCUCUGUUGGCACGGCGUCCAGCCAGGCCCCGCCCAGACUCCUCUCCCAGCUCGGCCGGGACGCACUCCCUCGCUCACACCCCUCUCCUUGGGCCCGGCAGGCCGGCCUUCCGCAGAACAGGCCGGAGCCUUGGGGGAGGACACCAGGCAGCCAUUUUGAGGCUCACACAGGACUUGGCUGCUGACGGUGGCUGUGGCCGAGGAGGUUCUAGAACAUUCUACCUACGUAUCCCUCCCACGAGUUUUGUUUUUAGCUGUGGUUUCAGGGAGUGAUAGAGCCAUCGCAAACAGCCGCGUUCUCUUCUGCUUCCCGAUAUAUUAAACCCACCCCCUUUGCUGUUUCAUGAAUACCUUGUGGAGAAUGGGAGCGUGUGAGAGUUGAUGGAACUGCCGUCAGGGAGCUCGGACCUUCAGCCAGUAAAGAAACCGUAUCUCCCCCCAGAUUAGCCACACGUGACCGUGACCUCCCAUCCACGUCUGCCAGCCUUAGCCAAGAGAUGGGACGGGCCCUGGGGAAAUGAGUGGUGGCCUCAACCUCGUACAUCAGCCCUUGGGAGCAGCUGAGCUCUGCUGGGACCGUGACCUCCACCCACCUGGGCCCACCUGUUCCCUGCCAGUUAUGACCUGUCGCCUAGCCAGACCAGUCAAAGCGCUAGUGAGUCACGAGUCAGGACACAAGUGGUCCUGGUCGUACCGGAAACUAGGAGUCUCUGGUCGUUACUUGCCAGGGGCCCAUUCCCUCCUCCCUCCAGCCAGUCCUUGUGUGGUGUGUGGUAAGGGGGCCGCUCCCCCUUUCCCUCGACUGCAAGGGUCUGGGACGACCUGAGAGGCACCCGCCAUGGUGCCGGCAGCCAUUCAUGGAGAGAGCUGCCUGGGUCUUGUGGCCAAAGCUGGUUUUGUGGUCCAGCAACCAGCCAAAGCCUGUGUGGGGGCACCGACCGGGAAGGGAGAGGCUGUGCCAGACGCGGGGCGACUGGCUCCCCAGGACAGCCUCGUUCUCCUUCGGAGGUGACAGGCUUCCGUGGACAAUGUAAGCACCUCAUCAUUUCCCUUGUAGCCUUUCUUCGUAUGGCCGUGAGCUGUGCUGUGGAUAAAUCAUCAUUUGUAUUUCUUGAAUGUUCUCUAGGACUAACAGUUAUUGAGUUGGUUGUGUAUAUGUGUAACUAAUGUAACUGCCUUUUAAAAUUCCAUUACAAUAAAAAUGACUUUGCUCUGA